GGGAGGAGAGCGCUCUCGCUGUCUGUGGAGGACAGAAAAACGCAUGAUUGCCUUCAGAGAAAAUGAUCUGAAUUUCUCCCCCUCUUUUUCAAAGACAGACACGCGUGCUUGGAUGGAGGUUUCCUUCGACAAAGCCUUUCAGCAUGUCUGAACAUGACUGCUACAUAAAAGAUGAAUGUACAAGCUAUUAAGCUAUUCUGGACUAAAUAUGACAAAUAAUGGCGGUGCCUCUCCCUCCUAAUGUGACAUCCUGCUAAAGAAACCUGACAAAGACUGUGUGAGUGGUGAGGAAUGGGCAAGAUCUGCUACAGCUGGGAAUAAACUUACAGAGCAGCUUAUGGGGCAGGAAAUGCCUCAACUUCUGAUUAAGGAGCAGAAGAGGCAGAGGGCUGAAGCUGCUUAAGGAAAAACUUGUGCUCAAAUCUGCAUUGAAUGGACUACAAUGGUUCCCUCUGAGAACAUCAGUGUUUUCUCUGCAGCAGAGACCUGUUUGAAUUGCAGCUCCUCCACCUACCCACCAAUGGAUGUAGCGAAGGCAAUGUUGUUGGGGUUACUGCUGGUGGUGUUUGUUGUGUUCGGGGUCCUUGGCAAUAUCCUUGUCAUCCUAUCAGUGUUGUUUCACCACCACUGGCGCUCUGUGACGCAUUAUUUCAUUGCCAACCUGGCUGCUGCAGACCUGCUGCUCAGCUCCGCAGUCCUGCCGUUCUCCGCUACCUCUGAGGCUCUUGGCAGAUGGGUGUUUGGCCGCUCCUUCUGCAGCGUCUGGGCCGCUCUGGAUGUUCUCUGCUGCACUGCCUCCAUCCUCAGUCUGUGUGUGAUAUCAAUUGAUCGCUAUCUUGCUGUCAGCUACCCUCUGCGAUACCCUGCCAUGGCUACAGGACGGCGAGGCCUGACUGCGGUGGCUGCUCUGUGGGGACUCUCAGCAGCGAUAUCUGUGGGUCCUCUUUUUGGGUGGAAGGAGCCAGAACCAGAGGAUGAGACAGUAUGCCGCAUAACAGAGGAGCCGGGCUAUGCUUUGUUUUCAGCUCUUGGAUCUUUCUACAUACCUUUGGCCAUCAUCCUGGCCAUGUACUGCCGUGUGUAUACUGUGGCAAAGAGGGAGACAAAGACCCUCAGGAAGGGCAGUGAGGGAGAAGGGGUUGAGACGGAGGGGGUGACACUGAGGAUACACAGAGGGAAUGCAGCUCAUGCAGAGAAACAGGAAGAAGAAAAGGUUGAGAAGCAACAUAAAUGCUCCACUUUUUCCCUGCCGAGGAUGCUGAAGUUCUCAAGAGAAGAGAAAGCAGCCAAAACUCUCAGUGUUGUUGUUGGCUGCUUCAUUCUGUGCUGGCUCCCUUUCUUCGUGGUUUUACCCAUCGGAUCAAUCUUCCCAUCCUGUAAGCCUUCUGAAACCAUCUUUAAGAUAACCUUCUGGCUUGGUUACCUCAACAGCUGCAUUAACCCCAUUAUUUACCCCUGCUUCAGCCAGGAGUUCAAGAAAGCCUUCCUUAACGUGCUGCUCGGUCGCUGCCUCAGGACUGGGGGACUCGUUACCAAACCACAAGGACACAUCACCGCCUAUUCAUCUAGUCUGGGCCCUGCAUCUAACACCUCUGUUCUCCCAGCCCAAAGACGUGUAUCUGUCGCCCCAUGUGGUUGUUGCAGGCCACUUUCAACCUCUACAACAUCUGUAGGUGGUCCAGAUCAGGCACAAAGGGAACAAAUCCAGAGGAAGAGUCUGCUGAAGGCUUGGUGUUACUCAGCAAGUCAAACAUCAGUACCACAGAACCCCUCCAGUCAUGGAUCAGCUAAGGUCUUACGCCUUUCUCUAGGCGUUACAGGAGAGGCUGUUUGAUUGGCAUGUCAAGAUAAAAGAGGAAGUUUGAGCAUCACCAGACUUGUACUUCGGCUUUGCCUCGGGGAACACUUGUGCGCAACUGUUGCAUGCAUAUUUAUUUUCCUUGGGGGCAAGGUUAGCUGAAAGUGACUUGCCUCCGAGGACACAGGAGAUAACUCUACUGCCCUAAGGCUUCAUGCCAGGGUAAAUGUCUCAAGUGUCAAAUAAAAUGAAUAACAUUUUGUCUGUGCUCAACCGCCCCAUAGAGCUGCUUUGGAACAGAGCUCUGCAUGCGUAAGUAGACAACUGCUGGGUAUGAACACACAGCGCAGGAAAUUUAGUACCGCUUUAUUUAAAAAGUGCGGGAUAAAAAUCCAUUCUGCGAGUAUGGACAUAUGUUAGUGGGAAUGAGUGCUUCGGGAAAGGCAUAAAAGGGAUAAUAGCAUCUUAUUGAAAUGACAUUGCAAAAGCACUCCAGAGACAGCAUUUCCAGAAACACUGGUGGUAUUUCUGCAGAUUGCACAAAGGCCCGAGGGAAGGAAAUGCAUAAAUCCUGGUACAAUUACCAUUCACCAACAGUUCUGAGAAAGUGAAAGCUGCAGGAGAAGUGUGUGUAUUCAUGCUCUGUAUUAAAAGGAUGAGACACUCAUAGGCUUUGAUAAUGAAAUACUGUAUCUGUAAAACAGAGAUUUUUUUGCUGAAAAGGAGAAUAUGAGCUGAUUUUAGUUUGGAGUAAAUAACAGAAAAACAAAACAGAGCACUUCAGUCUUUAAGCUCUUUAUCCUGGCCCUUUGAGGCUUUCAGUGUUUGUUUAUAAGACUGUUGAAUAAGAGUUAGAUAGGAGAAGGCAACUUUGAAGAAAAAGCAAGAAUAGGCAGGAUUUUAAAAGUGUCCAACCAAAACAAUGACAAAGCAAUUCCCCAACACUUGCAAAUGUUCACCUUGUGACUAGUACGCAAUUGACCAAUGGUGACUGUUGUCAUGGUUUACUAUAUCUCACUUGCCAGGACAGGAUUUAAAAGAAUAGAGCAACAAAAAUGCUUUAAAAAUGACUACCCAAGCAUUACAUCAACCUUUUUUGGGGUGUUGCAUUUUCUGGUGUCAUGAAAUAAAUGAAAAGGUCUUAGAAGGACUGAGUACAGUCCCACUGAGAGUAAGGUCACUUGUGUGAACACUGCAGAAAAAAACCUGAUGCAUGACAAACUCCAGCAGCUGAGCCUGAUGUCUUUGUCUGCCUGUAACUUGCAUUUCAACUGAAUGUUGUAUGUUGCCUUAAAAGCGAAAAACAACACUGAAAAUCAUCACUGACAUUUUAGCAUCUUUAUACUUGAUAAGAGAACUUGAGAACAAACAUUUGCUUAUUUACACUUCUUAAAGGUAUGGCAACAUUUUCAUUUGACAGGUUAACUGAUGUCUUAAGGUGAGUUCAGACCAAAACUAAGUUGAAUUCUAAGUGUGGCAAGAGCACAUAGAUAGUCAAUGGAAAGAUGGGAGUUGUGACCCAGUGUCGCAGAAGCCUAUCAGAUUUGUCCUGGGAUGCAUCAGAAACAAUCUGAUCCAACCUCCAUUCAACAUAGAAAAGUUUCAGACUUGUCCUCUUUUGGACCUUGUGAUGCAAUUAAACCACAGGGAUAUCUGCUUAUUUUCUGUUCAUACUGAUGUAAUGAGUGCAGACUGUGUGUGCCUUCCCAUUUAAAAUAAACUGAGACUCCCUGAGAGGGGAUACUGUUUGCUUCUCUUUUGGUCUGAGCAAAUAUGAAUGAUCCAACACUCACACUCGUGCCAUCGCCGGGCAAAUAUUUUACACUCUUAGUAUGAGCACAUUCGUACCAACUGUGGUUUGCUGUGGCUUUUGGGGGUAAUAUCUGUAUUUUUGAAGCCAAAUUUCUCCCUUUGUGCAUGUGUAUACCUUUAAAUUGUUCAUCAUAGUUCAUAUUCAUUUAAUGAGUCUUGAAUGGCGCCUUAGUUCUACUUGAAAUAAUUGUUGCUUUAUGAUUGAUGGACUCUACUACAGGAGAUCCGUAUGGUUCAAAGUAAAGACUGGCAUUAUAAAAGAUAACUUUAUCUUCAAAUAAUGUGAGUAUAAAUCAUUUAGUAUGCAAUGAAAUAUAGUUCUAUGUCAUGAGUCUAUGUUUAGUUCAGUUUCCAUGGGUUCCUUGUUUUGGUUUCUCCUGUGUUUAUUCUGUAUAAGUUAUUAUUUUUUUCCCUUGCAGAUUAUCAUGAAAAAUGUCAACACAGAAGAAGACCUCAAUUAAAAUUAAUGAAUUCAAAUCCCUCUUACCUGUCACAAUGAACACUUACAGCUUUACAAAGGGGUGCAGGGAUUCUGUUAUUUCAUUAGUGUGUCUAUUGUGUGCCAAUGCUGUCUGUCUUUCAUGAAAUGAAGUGAUCUAUGAAUUAGAAAACAAAGCCUAAUACUUAAAGACACAUUAUGUAUUCUAAUGUUGAGAUAAUGUUUGUUUCAUUGGAAAACACCUUGUGAACAUUCACUAAUACAGCAGCUU